AUGGCAUCCACCGACUCGAUCACCACUCCAAACGUCCCGUCAUCAGUGACAAGCAGUCCGCUGCAAGAUAAUAUGAUGUGUGGGAAAGUAUUCACUGGAGUAUCACUGGAAGAUAUUCCGAAAUCAAAUAUAUUCACCUCUAAGCUCCCACCGGACCCAAAAUUCCCAACCCCCGAGAGCUCGGCCGAAGCUCCAAGGAGAGCUCUUGGUCCUCGUAUGGUCAAAGGUGCAUUUUACACCUAUGUCCGUCCCGAACCAUGUGAGCAGCCACCGGAACUACUCUCUAUAUCAAAAGCCGCAUUCAAAACACUUGGUAUCAAUCCUGCCGAGGCUUCCAGGCCCGAAUUUGUUCAUUUGAUGGCAGGCAAUGGCGGCUUUGAGGAUAAAAUAUAUCCGUGGGCACAGUGCUACGGUGGUUGGCAAUUUGGACAGUGGGCCGGUCAGCUUGGCGAUGGCAGGGCAAUUUCCUUAUUCGAGGUCACAAAUCCAGAAACAAAGGAGAGAUACGAGUUGCAACUCAAAGGAGCGGGCAAAACUCCAUACUCUAGAUUUGCCGACGGGCGUGCGGUGCUACGGUCUAGUAUCCGCGAGUUCAUCGUGAGCGAGUAUCUCCACAGCAUUGGAAUACCAACCACGCGUGCUCUCAGUCUUACUCUACUUCCUGGAGUCGAAGUCGCAAGGGAGAGGAUGGAACCAUGCGCAGUCGUAUCGAGGUUUGCACAGAGCUGGAUUCGAAUUGGUACCUUUGAUCUGCCCCGAGCGCGAGGCGAGCGAGAAAUGUUGAGGCAAUUAUGUGAUUAUGUUAGAGAUGAGGUUCUGAAGCUUCCACCACAUGUAUCAGAAGUGGGAAAGCCGAACAGAUACGAAGUUAUGUAUCGAGAGGUUGUUAAGAGGAAUGCGAAAACCGUUGCAUACUGGCAGGUGUAUGGCUUUAUGAACGGUGUACUCAAUACUGACAAUACCUCUAUUCUUGGACUAUCUCUCGACUUUGGGCCAUUUGGUUUCAUGGAUAACUUCGACCCGAGGUACACCCCCAACCAUGACGACCAUCUACUACGCUACUCUUAUAAAAAUCAACCUACAAUAAUUUGGUGGAAUCUUGUUCGUUUUGCCGAAUCCACUGCGGAGCUCUUCGGCGCGCUAGAUGUCGAUGACCCAGUCUUUAUCAAAUCUGGUGUUCAAAGUCAACCCGAAGGCGAUCUUCUCGUUAAGCGGGCUGAAAAGAUUAUUGAAGACGUUUCAGAAUCAUAUAAAAAGACCUUUUUAGAUGAAUACAUUCGCCUUAUGACAAUAAGACUCGGCCUUAAAGAAUCUCAAGAGAAAGACAUGGAUGAACUCUUUACGCCAUUAUUGGAGCUUAUGGAGAAGCUCGAACUUGACUAUCAUCACUUCUACCGUCGCCUCUCAAAACUCCCUGUCCGAAAGAUCGUAUCAGAACUCUCCCCAGAGUAUACUGGACUCGAUGUAUUCCUCCAAGAAGACGGCUCCCAUGGCGGUUAUACCCCCCCACAGGCUCGAUCCCAGAUUACUACUUGGCUACAAACCUAUGCAAAAAGACUAGAAAAUGAAGGAAGCGAGGACGAUGCUCGAAUAGAACGUAUGAAGGCUGUUAAUCCGGCCUUUGUGCCAAGGAAUUGGGUUCUCGACGAAAUCAUACAGAGGGUGGAAAAGAAGGGUGAGCGUGAUGUAUUGAAUAAGGUUAUGGAAAUGGUUGAGAGGCCCUACGACGACUGGGAAGAUGAUGAGGAUGGUAAAAGAUGGGUAGGAGAUGUUCCUAUGUCGGAGAGGCAAAUCCAGUGUAGCUGUAGCAGUUAA